UUCCCUGUGGUACUCGUUUUGCCGCCGCUGGUGGUCGGUGCGAGCACUUUUGAGGGCAGCGCUCGCACCGCAGAGACCACCCCGUCUGAGAGAAGCGCAGGGACCCUCGCCACGCCUUUGCUUGCUCCGUGACCCCCGGGCAUGACUUGCUUUUCCUGAGACUCGCUGUCGUACCCUGAGAACGUCCCGAGGCUGCUCCCAGUCCUCGGGCACAUUUUUCUCGGUCGGCCGGAGGCUCCAGCGCGCUGGACGGGGUGGCGGGUGCGGAUCUCAGCUGCGUCCGCUGAAACUCUCCGCCCACAGGUUCCAAUGGCAGAGGAGGCGCAGGCCCCUGUGACCUUUGAGGAUGUGGCUGUGUAUUUCUCCCGAGAGGAGUGGAGGAUCCUUAAUUUGACCCAGAGGAGCCUGUACCGUGAUGUUAUGCUGGAGAACUUUGCACUCAUUGGCUCACUGGGUUUUCUGUGUAGACUGCAGGAUGAGGAAGCCCCUCCCGAGCAGGUGAAGAGCCACAGAGUCCGCCUGUCAGAGAACCCCUUUCUGUGCAGGGUGUCUGGGAAGGACAUCCCUGCCGCCUUAGGCUUCCUCCAGCCCCAGGCCACCCACAGAGAGGGGACACCACGCAGAAGCACCGAGCGCAAGGCCUUCCCACCCAGCUCCACUUGCCAGCAACGGCAGGGAGCCCACGCCACACAGAAGCCCUUCAAGUGCAGCAACUGCGGGCAAGCAUUCCUGAAGGCCUUCGCGCUCCUCGACCAUCUGAUCACUCACGCCAAAGAGAGACCCUUCAGGUGCCCAGCAGGUGGAAAUGCCCCCAUGGAGAGCUCAACCCUGGUUCAUCACCGAAAAACUCACACUGGAGAAACAUCCCAUGUGUGUAGUGAGUGUGGGAAGGCCUUCAGUUACCCAUCUAAACUGAGGAAGCACCAGAAGGUUCAUACUGGCAUAAAACCUUUCAAGUGUGGUGAGUGCGGGAAAACCUUCAACCGCAAAGAUGCACUUGUUCUGCACCAGAGAAUUCACACUGGAGAGAGGCCUUACCAGUGCAGCGAGUGUGGGAAGUCCUUCAGCGUUCUGUCUACCCUCAUUCGGCACCGGAAAGUUCACAUUGGAGAAAGGCCCUAUGAGUGCAGGGAAUGUGGGAAAUUCUUCAAAUACAACCAUAGCUUCAUUCUUCACCAAAGAGUUCACACUGGAGAGAGGCCCUAUGAGUGCAGUGAAUGUGGGAAAACUUAUGUGACCCGCUCUGGGCUGUAUCAGCACUGGAAAGUCCACACUGGAGAACGUCCCUACGAGUGCAGCCUGUGUGGGAAAACCUUCACUACCAGGUCCUACCGAAAUCGGCACCAGCAGUUCCACACUGAAGAGAGGGCUUAUGAAUGUACAGAAUGUGGGAAAGCCUUUAAACAUAGUUCUACCCUCCUUCAGCACAAGAAAGUCCACACUGGAGAAAGGCCAUAGGAGGACGGGGAUGUGGGAAAACCUUUAGACAUGGCUGGCACCUUGUUCAACAUGAAAGGUCUCACUCCAGAAAGGAGAUUGAGGAGAGUAGCCAUUUGAAAGCUAAACAUGUCACACCCCAGCACCCACACUGGGCUGGUGCCAGGUACAUGGGAAGCGUUCAGGAGCUGUGUUGCACUCUCACCUGCCCAGGCUGUUGGCAGUGUUGAGUCACUGCCAGUUUCUGUGACAGAAGCCAUCCCACUUCUACCACCUGGCAGGUCCCCGUGGUGUGCAUCAGUCACUGUGUGUGCUCAGGGAAGCUGACCUCUGUGUUCCCCACUUGAUAAAGGAGAGAAUCAUGAGUGGUGGAGCCCAUAAUGGGUCUUAUUCUCUCCCCCUCCAACUGGUUUAGGUGUGGACAUGACCUAGUUCUGGCCAAGAGUAGCUGAGCAGUGUCUGCUGGGGCCUUCCAGGGAAGGUUAACCAUUUUCAUGGACACUGUUGACACUACAUUGGGUCCCUGUCGUGCAUUUAUCCAACCCUGGAACUGGCUCACACUGCUCUGGAAUGUCUGGUAAUCUUUAGGCCUUUUUGUUUAAACCACCCUUAAUCUUUGGGAUCUGUGUGGAAGGAUUGAGAACAAAAUUGGGCUCAUGGAUAGAGGGAACGGUUUCUGUGGGGGUCCCUGACUUUUGUCUGCCUCAGUGGGGCCAGCAGGAUGGCAGAGGACAGCUCCAGUCAAGGUUGGCCUAACUUGCACUGGUGCCUGAGACCUCCAGGGAAAGAUUGAAGGGCUUUGUGGAUACAUCUUCAGCCUGGAUGUCAGGUUUACUUGAGGAUCCAGAGCUCACCUGAAGAAUGGGGUGGUUGGUAUAAGAUCCCCGGGUGACUAGGGACAAGCACCUGGGUUCCUUGUUCCCAGGGAAUGUUCUGCAAUCUCCAGCAUUGGUCAGAAGAAGUUGUUUCCAGAAUCAGCUCAGAAGACAUGCCCCCUGAAAUCGAGAAUGUGGAGGUAAGUUCUAGACUGGCCGUAAGUGCUACAGGGGCCUGUUGGAAAGAGUAAGUGGACACAGAAGCACUGAGUGAGGUCAUGUGGAGUGGGGAAUCUGGUAAACGAGAGGGUUUGAGCUGGUUCUAAAGAGGCACCCACAAAUGUUCCAGGAACCAUGGUUUCACAGGGUGUGGCAUGCAGAAUUUCUCAGGAAUUGCAAACCUGUUCCCUGUGUCUAAGGUCACUGUCAGCAAAUAAUCUACAGGUUUCCUGGAUUCUCAGAGCCUUUCCGGGCAUGUUCACCUCAUGGCCAUCACCCUGGGACUGAAAGAAGAUCCUGUAGUCCUAGGAUGUGGCUUUUGUGACCCAGCUAGUGUUCCUGAUGUCUCUGCACACCAUGGCUUUGGCUGUUUUUGCUGCCGCUCUCCCAGGGCUCCAGGGAAAGAAGUGGUUGAAUCAACAUAUGGAUCCAGAUCUAUGUUUAAAAUUUUGGAAACUGUUCUUUCAAAAGGUAAA